AUGUCAUCAAGUAGCAGCAUUACCAAUAUUUUAAAUCCAACAUCAACAGCUUCACUCUUGAAUCAGCCUCCUGCACUUUCGGUGAGACCAAUCUAUCCAUCAAACAAUAAUACAACAAAGAAUAAUAAUACCACUAUUAAUAAUAACAAUGCUACUAGUAGUAAAAAUUUAAUUAAUAUAGAAACAGGAAAAAGACAAGAUAAUCGUACAUGUGAUAAAUUCCGUAAUGUAUUCAUGCAAGUUGGAGUGAUAAAACAAGCACGUGGAAGUGCCUAUAUGGAAUAUCAAAAUGGAACUAAAGUAAUUUGUUCAGUCUAUGGACCAAGACAAAUCAGUGCCAGGAAUGAAUUUAGUGAUAUCGGAGCAAUACAAUGUGAAUAUAGAGUUGCUAAUUUUGCUUAUCAAUCUUCAAAUAAUCAAUCAACAUUUUUAAAUAAUUCAAGUAAUAAUAAUAGGAGACAUCAUGUUGAAAAUUCUAUUCAUUUACGUGAAGCUUUGGAGGUUUCAAUUAGAUUGGAUAAAUAUCCAAAGAGUGUUAUUGAUGUAUAUUGUUUUAUUUUACAAGAUGAUGGAAGUGCUUUGAGUGCUGCUAUUAGUUGUGCUAGUUUAGCUCUUGCAAAUGCUGGCAUUGAAAUGUAUGAUAUGGUUAGUGCUUGUACAACAAGCGAAUUGGAAGGUCAUAUUAUUGUUGAUCCAACUAAUUUGGAAUAUAAAUAUGCAAGUGGUGGUAUGGUUUGUGCUUACAUGUCCAAUUUAAAUCAAGUAACUCAAUUAUCUCAAGUUGGUGAUAUGAGUUAUCAGAAAAUUGGUGAAGCUAUGGAUUUAUGUAUUGAUGGUUGUUCUAAAUUAAAUCAAUUAAUGCAACAAUGCUUAUUGAACAAUAGUUCAACAAAUGAAAAAUAAAAGUUUUAUUCCCAAU